AUGCCCCCUUCCUCAUCAUCUCCUCCAUCCCCAGUCGCUCACCCCCGUCCAGUAACGCGCAAAACUAGGGUGUCCUCCAUCAACAUCCCUUCACCGGACGUCGAGCUCUACCAUCGCGACAACGCACGCAACAACACUCUCGGGUCCGUCUGGCUCUCCCUCAACGACAACGCCCCCUUUGGUCAGACCUUGCCCACCAUGAACACCCUACACACCUCACCAUCACCGUCUUCCGCCUCCAACUCCCCAACCUCCGCCCUCAUCCCAUCAUUCAUAUCCUCAUCCCCUAACGACUCCGCAACGCCCACAGUCUGUGGCAUGCCAUUAAAAUAUGUCUCACUAUUCACCCUCGCCAUCCAAAACGCCCUUCUCACGAUCAUCAUGCACUACUCCCGCGUAUCCACCCCACCUUCACAAGCCUACUCCGCUGCAGCCGCUGUGCUCGUCAAUGAGCUCCUCAAAGGCGGUAUCUCACUUGCUAUCGCUCUUAUGCGUAUAGACAGCGAGAUGUCCCGAACCACCUUUGACGCAAACGGAGUCCCCCAUACACCCAUCACAAAGUCAAAGAAGCUCUCCAACGGCGGACCCAUCGUCUUGACCAACGGCUCCCCCUUCGCCAUCUCCCGCGUCAUGUACGCUCUCUCCCCCGCCCGUUGGCACCUCCGUCUCCGUCGGCUCAGGCGCGAGAUCUUCAGCCAGGACUGCUGGAAGCUCUCCAUCCCUGCUAUCCUCUAUGUCAUCCAGAAUAACCUCCAAUUCGUUGCUGCUUCUAACCUCGACGUCGCUACCUUCCAGGUCACCUACCAGAUGAAGAUCCUCACCACCGCUGCCUUCUCCGUCAUGCUCCUGCGUCGCAAGCUCUCCGCGACAAAGUGGCUCGCGCUUCUCUUCCUUGCCCUUGGCGUCGGUAUUGUCCAGAUUCAGUCCGGCGCGACCAAGUCCCACCCCACGCCGCCUCCAAGCUUUGCAACUGAGAGCGUCGAGGGAGAGGGCGCAAUUCCGAACGUGGGCGACCUCAUCACAGCGCCUACUCACACUAUGCGUCCCAUGACCGGAUUCAUGGCCGUGUGCGCAGCAUGCUUAACCUCCGGUCUCGCCGGUGUCUACUUCGAGAUGGUACUCAAGAAUUCCCAGGCGGAUCUCUGGGUGCGCAACGUACAGCUUUCCCUUUUCUCCCUCAUUCCCGCCAUCGUGCCCAUCAUCUUCACUGCCGAAGCUGGUUACCCCGGUCAGGGCUGGCUUGGCCGUCUCUUCCGCAAUUUCACCCCCUGGGCCUGGGCCACCGUCCUCACCCAGGUCGCCGGGGGUUUAGUCACCGCCAUCGUGAUCAAGCACGCAGACAACAUCCUCAAAGGGUUCGCUACCAGUCUGAGCAUCAUCAUCUCGUUCCUGGCGUCUGUCCUCCUCUUUGGCUUCACCAUCACCCCUGCUUUCGUCUUAGGCUCCUCCACCGUUCUCGGCGCAACCUGGAUGUACAAUCAGCCCCCGCCGAAGGCAUCAGCAGAUGGCUCCACCAUUUCCCUCCUCUCUGCUGUCUCCUCGGACUCUCGACGGCCGUCCUUCCCUGGCUCACCAGUCAGCCCGGAUGCGCCCAUCCUCGGCCAAAUGCCCAAGCAACGUUCCCCUUACGCAUCGCCCAGCUCGCUGGCCCUCGCUUUGGGCAUCACGUCCAGCACGACGGCCUCUCGUCCCACCUCUGGUCUUCCCUCCCCGCUAGAACGUGAUUAUUUCGGCACGAGCACGGGCAUGCCGCCACUUUACUCCUCUCCUCCCUCCCGCCCGCCCUCGAGGCCGCCCAGCACAAAACCUCCCACUCGGCCUCCCUCCCGCCCGCCCAGCGCGCGUCCCUCGCGCGAAGGCUCCCGUUCCGGUAGUGGGGACGAGCUACAAAAUGUAGACCUUGGAACAGGGGCCUUGGAUAGUCAGUAUAGACGACCACCGCCGAUCGACACGAGCUCGCACCUCCUCGUGCCACCACCGGUACUGGUGGAGGGCAGCGGGGAGACGACCAAGCUUAUCCGUCGAUGAGCGGACACUGCUCAUCCCGGGUUCCAUUCGCAUUAUUUAUGGACUUGUCUGGUCUCGUGUUCAUACCCCUCCUGCCUCUUAUCGCCACGAUUCCAAAGACUCUCGUCUUACUACAGACUAGACAUGUCCAGUUCUAAACAUCCCUCGGUCACGCCCCCUCACGGUCUCGCUUAAUUCCUUUUCUCGUCCUCUACGAACUUUACACUUCUCCCUUCUGACUGUUGAUGGACUUUGCCAUUUUGCUCUCUUCGUUCGACCCUCCCC